AUGGAUCGAUCAAAAGUAUCACGAAAACUUCGGAAGUGUUUACUACAAUUACAAAAACAUGAUCCAGAUGUGGAAAUUUCAUCAGUGCCUACUGAAAUAUUAUUUGUGGCUAAUAGUAGUCCUUUGUGUGGAUUGUCAUAUGAUGAAUUGGAAAGGAUAUUCAGUCAGUUUGGUGAAAACUGUGAUUUUAUGGUAUUUCAAUCUCAACGUUCUUACUCAUUCGUCAUUUUUCAAACUGUAGCUGUAGCUCAUUUAGCUUAUCAGAAGCUUCAUGGACACAUGCCAUCAGAUUUGAAUUCGAAUGCUUUACCUUUCUAUAUUGCUUUUGUUAAAAACGUGCCAUCGGUUAAAAGAAUAGAACCAUUGUAUAAACCAAACAAUCUUUGGGUUUUACCAGAUUUUAUAAAUCCGGAUGAGGAAGCAGCAUUGAUUACUGUUAUUCAGGAUUAUUUGCCUAGAGGAAAAACGUUAAAAAACCGUAAAGUGAUUCAUUUUGGUUUUGAAUUUAAUUAUGAUAAUAAUAUGGCAUCUGAACAACCAUCUCCAGAUCCAAUACCAUCAGUUUGCCAACCUGUAAUUGAUCGAAUGCUAGGUGCCGGAAUAUUUAAGGAAAAACCGGACCAAGUAACGGUAAAUAUUUAUGAACCUGGAAAUGGUAUACCGUCGCAUGUUGAUACUCAUUCUGCAUUCAGUGAUACUAUAGCUUCGCUUAGUUUGCUUUCAGAUCUCGUUAUGGAAUUUCGUGAUUUUGCAAACACUUCAACAAUUUAUGAUGUUCUUUUGCCACGUUUUAGUUUGACAGUGAUGCGAGGAGAGUCACGAUAUCGAUGGAAGCAUGGUAUAGCAAAGCGAAAGUAUGACAUAAAUCCGGUGACAAAUAAAUUGAUGGCGAGACAGUUGAGAGUUUCUUUUACAUUUCGAAAUGUGAUACGAGAAAAAUGCCAGUGUGCAUUCAUUGAAUAUUGUGACUGGGAUCGAAAUGGUGCAAUGAAAGUUCCGGAUAGUGAUGAAUUUGGUGCAGCUAUUGAGAAUCAAUAUGUUUCCGCAGUUUAUGAAUCUAUAGCAGAGCAUUUUGACGUGACUCGACACGCACAAUGGAAUGGUGUUGCUAAAUUUCUGUCAAAAUUUGAACCUGGAACAAUAGUUUAUGAUAUUGGUUGCGGUAAUGGAAAAUAUCUCAAACUUGAUGAUGCACUUAUCAAAAUUGGUUGUGACUUAUGCUACAAUUUAUGCCUUAUUGCUAACCAAAAACAGUGUAAUGUAUUGCGCGCAAAUAUUUUAUCGUUACCUUUCAAAAAUUCUAGUGCAGGUGCAGUCUUAUGCAUUGCUGUCAUCCAUCAUUUAACUACAAAAAAGAGAAGGAUUCAUGCAAUUCAAGAAAUUAUUCGUGUGUUGCAACCAGGUGGACAAGCGUGCAUUACCGUUUGGGCAUAUGAGCAGAAGUUAUGUGAUGCGCCGUCUGAAUAUUUGAAAAUGCGUCAAAAAAAGCGUGAUGUGCAGAUGAAUCGUCGCGACAGUCAUGGAAGACUGAGGGUGCAUGAGGGAAGAGAAUUCACUCAACCAGAUAUGCUUGUUCCAUUUCAAAAUGCUGAUGGAAGUCGAUUUCUGAGGUACUAUCAUUUAUUCCGUGAUUUUGAACUCGGAGAUUUGAUCAGUGAUGCUGGUGGUUGUACUGUUGAGAAAUAUUUUUAUGAAGAAGGGAAUUGGAUUGCUUACAUAAUGAAAGCGUAG